AUGACAUACACGGAUCAGUAUGUGCCUAAGCUGGGAAGCGAGGAAUAUAAUUCUCAGAUGGCAAAGUGGGAUGAAGAUGAACGGCCACAGCAAUAUGCCGCUAUUGCGAUUACGACUUUUGCGGCGACUGUCGCUGUUAUAGUGAGGCUUUAUUCGCAACGGGUAUCCAAAAGGAGUUGGGCACUGGAUGACCUUUUCAUACUCAUCGCCUUGCUCAUAGUAUAUGCCGAGUUCAUCGCGUCUAUUUUCUCUUUGAAAGCUGGAGCCGGUCUUCACCAGGUUCGCGUUCUACACGAGGACAGCAACCCGCCAUAUGGAUUACAACAUGUGUACAUUGUCAGUCAAUUGUACGUCUGA